UUUCUACCCCCAAUUACCAACCCCUAAAAUUACAUUCUCAAUUUCAUCUUCAAUUCCCAAUCACACCCUCCUAUCCCACAUACCAAACACCCUAUAAAACUUCACUCAACACAAAAAAGGAGAAUUAGCUCAGUAGUUGGUAUCAAUGGAGUCUAUUACAUAUUCUCUCUCAACUCAGGAUUACCUUCUUCUCUUCUUCUUAAGACCCUUUUCUGCCUUUCUUUUCAUCCUUUUCAUCCUCUUUUUAGGUUGGUGGUUAGCGUGGAAUACGGUGUUAGUUCAUGUUCCUUUGGUGCAAGAAAUCUUUGGAUUGCGUAAGAAAUCUGCUAAAGGCGGACCUCCACCUAAGCGUUUCUUCUCUAAUUACUAUCACUCUCUUAAUCGGGUUCCUCCUUCUUGAUGAUUUUUAUACAUCUUUCAUUAAUGUAAAUUUCCCAGCUAAUUUCUGCUUUGUUUGCUCUAUGAAUUCUUUUUUUUUUUGGCUGAUUUAUGAGCUUAAUUUUAUUGACAAUUGGAGUGAAUAGACUCACAAAUUAUUCAAUAACUUCUACGUUUUCAUGGUAUAUUUGAACUAAAUUAAUGUAUAGAGAAACAUUACAUGA